UUAUUUCUUCCUCACUAGAAACCCAGAUACUUCGCCAGAUUCACUGCUGAGUUCUUGAGAUUCCGUGCUUAGGCAAUGGAGACAAUCAAGAAGUGGGAGAAGUGCAAAUCGGGGUUCAUAUUCAUGUGCAGUGAGAGGACAAAGGAGGAGUGCUACGUGAAUCGUGUCUUUGGAUUGCCGAGGAAUCAGCUGGAAAUGGUGGCCAAGAUCGAGGCUGGCACCGUCCUCUUCCUCUUUGACCUCGAUCGGAAGCUCUUGUUCGGUCCUUAUGCCGCUUCCUGCAACGGUGGCGCAGAUUUGGUACCUGAGGCCUUCGGCGGGAGGUUCCCUUCUCAGGUGAAGUUUGAGAUAACUGAGGAUUGCCUGCCUCUUCCCGAGAGUGUUUUUAAGGAUGCUAUACUUGAUAACUACACAACAAAAUUCAAGUUUAAACCAGAGCUCAUUUCUGACCAGGUAGAUAAGUUAUUAUCCUUAUUCCGUCCUAUCAGUUUACUUGAUCAGCUGCCAUCACAAGUCAUUCACAAUCCACUACAUGAAUCGUUAACCCUUUUGGCUCCAUCAAAUUCAGAUGGAAUUCCCUAUUGUAGCAAAUGA